AUGGAAGGGCAGCCAAAGGUCACUCGUCCUGCCAGCGGCAUUCCGCGACUGGCUUCUCGGCUGCCGUUGCCCACUGCCACCGCAUCGAAAUCGAUUCGCCCUUCUCCUUCCCGAGAUCGAUUGCAAGCCGAUCCUGGCCUGGAUGACCGACGACUGAGACGGCCUUCAUAUGAGUCGUUGCUUAAGAAGCCCACUACUACACGCUUUUCACCAGCGAAAUCCCGAACUGAGACACUGCCGAGCCAGGAGGAGUUUUCGAGCGAGGAUGGAACAUACACCCCAGACGAUGCGGGUUCGAUGAUGGGGGACGAGGAGAGUGUGUCUGGGGAGACCCGCGGUCGUACACGCCCGUCGCUUUCAUCGCUAUCGGAGCGGACGGUUGAGACGUUAGCGCAUAUUCCACCAUCGCCGGCGUCCGUAAAAAGACAGACUAGUUUCUUCAAUGGGACCAGUCCGAUCCGCUCCCCGUCUCGAACCCCCUCCAAUAUUUCAAGCUAUUCGCGAUCUCCAUCCCGAUUGUCGUCCAACCAGGGCAACGGCAGCGAUUUAUUAUCUCAGCCAAUUUCGAAACUCCGCCCUCCAUCCCACAAUCGUAUGUCGGUCGCUACAUCGACCGGUUUGCUAACCGGCAGCACCGAUAGUCUAGACAGCCCUUCAAAAUUGAAGAGGCCGACCAAAAGGCAGAGUAUCCCAGCGCUAAGCAGUGUCUAUGGAAGUAGCACGCCAACAAAGAAGAGCAUCUCCACUCCAAAAGUCUCGCAUGUGCGCCCUCCACCAAGCACGUCUUCAAAGCCCCCGCAAUCCGAUAUGGGUCCACCAGAGCGUCCGCUUCAGGUCCGAAAGACGAGGAAGCCCCAGGCAGAAUCGUCUACCUCGAUGAGAUCCCCAUCGACCGGCUCACGAUACGUGUCUGCUGCAUCGACACUGCAGGACGAACUUACUCCGGAGCAGCAGGCAGAAAGCGAAACAAGAAAAGCAUCCAAGUCCUCCAACGCUUUACGCGAGAGUAUUGCGAAGGCCAAGGCAGCUCGGAAGGCAGCCGCAGUGACGGAAAAGACGAAAGAGGCUACCCCAAAGGUCCAGCCCACUGGUUCAUUUGAUGGUUCAUUUGGUGGUGCAGAUCUUGAAGAUCCCUUUAACCAGCUGCCAAAGGGUUCAAAUGACCUUGCCCUUCGAAAGCGUGUGGAGGGUGCGCGUGCGUCAGGGACUUUGAACAUUGCAGCAAUGUCUUUGAGUGAGAUACCUAAAGAGGUACUCACCAUGUACGAAUUUGACCCUAACAGCACAUCCAACUGGUUUGAGAACGUAGACCUGGUGAAGUUCAUUGCUGCAGACAACGAGCUUUCCCAAGUUCCGGAUGCCGUUUUCCCAGACAUCAACUUGGAGGACUUGGAUCCGGAUAGCGAUGAGCGAGGCCCUCAGUUUGGUGGAAUUGAAACGCUGGAUCUUCAUGGAAAUGUGCUUCAUUCUCUACCUAUGGGACUUAAGCGAUUGCAAAAUCUUCGCUUCCUGAACCUCUCGAACAAUGAUCUGACUAUGAAUCAAAUUGCUAUCAUCACGGAGAUCCCUUCUCUGGUUAACCUGAAACUUGCAAACAACAAGUUGGAGGGCUCAUUAUCCUCGGCUGUGAGCAGUCUUAAGGGAUUAGAAACGUUAGAUCUCCGGGGCAAUGCCUUAACCGACCUGCCUACAGAACUAGGUGAACUAAGAAACCUCAAAAUACUGGACGUGGGCGAGAAUCAAUUGUCAUCUAUCCCGUUCGAGGCCCUCAGUGGAGUUCCUUUGAGUACGCUCAAUGCGCCCAAAAACAAACUGAGGGGCACCCUCAUUCCGGCAUCAGUGGGUCGACUCGAGAAAUUGGAGUCUUUGAACGUUGCAAACAACAAUAUUGAGAUUCUUGCUGCCAAUGAGAAUCUGUCUCUACCCAAUCUCCACAGCCUACUCGUCAGUUUCAAUCGCAUCAAAGGCUUGCCCUGUGUGUCCUCGUGGCAAUCACUCUUGCUCCUUUCUGCAGAUGGCAACAAAAUCACAGAGCUCCCUGCUGGUUUCACGGGUCUCAAAAAUGUGAAGAACGUGGAUUUCACUGGCAACGACAUUUCGCGCCUGGAUGAUAAAAUUGGACUCAUGGAGAAGCUAUCCACUUUCCGGAUCGCUAAUAACCCACUCCGUGAUCGCAAGCUGCUGAGUAUGGACACAGAGGAUAUUAAGCUGGUCUUGCGCAACAGAUGCGAGCCUGAUCCUCAGGAUACGGAUGAUGAGGGCUCUGUGGCCACCCAAUUCACACUUGCGCCAGAGACCCCACAAUCAGAGAGCGGAUGGAAAGUCAAGCCUCGCGGGAUCCUUGACCGAUCUUACUCUGAACUGAAAGACUUGGAGACAGGGAAGUUGGAAUUGAUCAAUGCGGAAGACGUCCGUUCUCUAUAUGUGCAACAUAAUGAACUGCGCUUCUUCCCUGUUCCCGCCCUCGGAAUGCUUGCUCAAGGGCUGAUCGAGCUUGAUCUCUCCCACAAUCCCCUGAACAGCUCUGAGCUUCUAUCCUCCGUACUGGAACUGCCUAAACUCCAAAGCCUCAACGUCAAUGCGACGACUUUGACCACGCUGGACUCUCUUUUGGCUAAUCUUCGAGCCCCAUCGCUUACCUUCCUUGAUGCCUCCAACAAUCGCUUGACUGGUGCUCUUCCAAAUGCUCGACAGACAUACCCAGAGCUUAAAACCUUCAACGUGUCCGACAACAAGAUAUCUAAAUUGGAUUUCGAGGCAGUGCAGGGUUUGCAAGUUUUGGAUAUCAGUAACAAUGACAUUGACCACUUGCCACCAAAAAUUGGCUUGUUAGGUGCUGAGCGCUCCCCUAAGAACUGGGGUACUGGGUCCGCUCUAAGGCAGUUGGAGGUUGCUGGUAACCGCUUCCGUGUCCCACGAUGGCAGACUGUCGCAAAGGGAACCGAGGCUGUACUGGACUAUCUACGUCAACAUAUUCCUGCUGGUGACAUGCCUGAGUGGGAACUUGAAGAUGGACCUGUCGAUGGGUAUUCAAAGAUCUAA